AUGACUAGUGCUUUUGCUGAUGCCAAGGAGCAAGCUGUCGCUUUCAAAAAUGAAGGUAACACUUACAUUAAGGAACAGAAUUACAUGAAAGCCAUCGAGUUGUAUUCUCAAGCCAUCGAGUUAGACCCUACCCAAUCUAUUUUUUUUUCUAAUAGAGCCUUGGCUCAGUUAAAGUUAGAUAACUUUCAAAGUUGUAUGAAUGACUGUGAUGUGGCUCUUCGUUUGGAUCCUAAAAACAUCAAAGCUUACCAUAGACGUGGGUUGUCACAUCUUGGUUUACUCCAAUGUAAAAAGGCUAGAAACGAUUUACAAGUGGUGUUAAAGGCAAAACCUACUGAUGCUACUGCCAAGAGAGCCUUGGCCAUGUGUGAGAAAGUUAUUAGAGAGGAAAGGUUCAAAAAGGCUAUUGGUGGUGACGACCAGGAUAAGUUAAAUUUCUGUCAGACGAUGAGCUUAAAAUCAUUUGAUGCAAAUAGUGAUUUGGCCAAGUAUGAGGGACCUACGUUAGAAUUCGAACAAUUAUUGAACGAAAAAGGUGAAAAUGCUGGUGUAGAAGUUAAGAACCUCACACAAGAAUUUAUUUCUCAAAUGGUAAAUGAUGUUUUCUUGAAGGGCAAAAAUAUUCCUAAGAAGUAUGCGGCAGCUAUAAUAUCUCAUGCAGACAGAUUAUUUAGAGAAGAACCAAGUUUACAGGAAAUAUCCAACACAACUGACCCAACAAAGAAAAUUACUGUCUGUGGUGAUACUCACGGCCAAUUUUAUGAUGUUUUGAAUCUUUUCAAAAAGUUUGGUAAAGUGAGUCCAGAUCACACUUAUCUAUUUAACGGUGAUUUUGUCGAUCGUGGUUCAUGGUCCUGUGAAGUGGCCUUAUUAUACUAUUCUUUGAAGAUUGCAUACCCUCAAAAUAUAUUCUUAAACAGAGGUAACCACGAAACUGAUAAUAUGAAUAAGAUGUACGGGUUCGAGGAUGAAUGUAAAUACAAAUAUUCUCAACGUAUUUUUGAUAUGUUCUCUCAAAGUUUUGAAAGCUUACCAUUAGCAACGUUAAUUAAUGACGCCUACUUGGUAAUGCAUGGUGGUUUACCUAGUAACACGUCUGAUACUGUGGAAGAUAUUAGAAAAAUAGAUAGAUUCACUCAACCACCAAGAGAAGGUUUAUUUAUGGAAUUAUUAUGGUCCGACCCUCAAGCAAAGGAUGGUUUUGGCCCAUCCCAACGUGGGUUAGGUUUUGCUUUUGGUGCCGAUAUUACCAAACAGUUCUUGGAAAAAAAUAAUUUGCGUAAAAUAUUUAGAUCCCAUGAAGUUAGAAUGGAAGGGAUUGAAUUUGAACAUAAUAAGAGAUUGGUUACUGUCUUUAGCGCUCCUAAUUACUGUGAUUCUCAAAAGAAUUUGGGUGGUGUUAUUCAUGUCACUCCAGGCCAUGGUAAAGUGGGUCCUCAUGGAAAUGAUGAUGAAGACCUACUAAUAGAGACAUUUGAAUCAGUUGAACAUCCCCCAAUAAAACCAAUGGCAUACUCGAAUGGUGGUUUGGGAUUCUAG